AGUGAUCAAGAUUGCGACAAUGGCUGUCGCCCCGCAGCCUCAGAAGCGUAAGGCAGCGACGACGCUGAGCGAAGUGAACAACGUACCGUCACAGGCACCGCCGAAGCGAGCAAAAUGGUCGGCGAGCAGCAGGUCGAACGAGGAGAAAGCGUGGGACGACUUCGUGGUCUCAAUGGAGGCUCGCGUAAGGGAAGCCGAAGAGGCCACGCCGGAUACACCAUACUCGCCUUUAUUCUCCGCCGACCGAGAUUCUGUUCCGGAGACGACGAUGACUUCGAAAAGCGGAUCAAGAAGGGCGAAGAAGCUGCACUGCGAGGUGCCGGGCUGUGGAAAGGCAUUCGACCGACAGGCUAGGCUUGAUAUUCACAUGCGUAGUCACACCGGUGAGCGGCCGUACGUCUGCGAAGAAGAUGGCUGCGGCAAGACAUUCCUUCGAAACGAGCAUCUGAAGAGACACAUGGACGACAAGCAUAGCGAUGAGCGAAAGUACAUAUGCUCUUAUAUUACUGGUACGGACGACGAUCGGAGAGACGUGCUAUGCGGCAAAUCCUUCACAACCGCUACCCGUCUAAGAAGGCAUGCCGCCGCACAUGAAGCCAAAGAAGAGACCAAAUGCAGUGAGCCAGGCUGCGGCAAGGUGUUCCGCAAGCAAGAAACUCUGCAACGCCACAUUAAGCUCGAUCAUCUCGGCGAGAAGGCAUUCAAAUGCACAAACGUGGAGAUGGCCGAAACUGGUGAGCUCGUGUCUUGCGAUUUCGUCUUUUCCAACUCCAAGCAGCUCAGGAACCACGUAGCGAGAGAGCAUUCCGGCCUACGCUACUUUUGCGAUAUCUGCUCGCCUGAUGCUAUGGACGCCGAUCACAAAGGUGGUCUGGACGAAGAGAUGGUCGACCUAAUGUCCCUCCAUGCACCCGUCGGCUUUGCAACCUACGCUGAACUCCAACACCAUCUCAAAACUGCUCACCCACCAAGCUGUCCCGAGUGCGGCAAGGACUGCGAGAGUAAUCGCGCUCUCAAAGCUCAUAUUGACAUCGAACAUACCGUACUCUCUACCAGGCAAACACACAUGUGCACAUGGCCUGGUUGUACGCGAGGCUUCACCAAAGCCGGCAAUCUCAAGGUGCAUAUGCAGAAUGUGCACACAAAGACCCGCAACUUUGUAUGCGGCGAGUUCGACCUGACUGGCAACCCCAAAGUGGAAGGGUGGGAUGGCGAAGGCUGUGGCAGCGCGUUCGGCACGAAGGCCAAUCUGGAGGAUCACGUACGGACGAGGCAUAUGGGAUUGAAGGGCAAGAUUCGGCCUUCGCGCUUGCUGAAGAAGGAGGCGAAGGAGAUGUCCAGCAGUCAGACACCGAGUACUUUGGACGAGGCCAUUACGCCAGACCCUGCUGUUUCAAUGCUCACCGGCUAUGGCUAUGAGCAGUUGCGUCCCGUUGCUUGUCUCAUUCAGAGCUGCCAGCAGCGGUUCGUGAGAGAGUACGAUCUCGCGGAGCAUCUGGAGCUUACGCAUGGUUGGCAAGUGGAUGAUGUGAAUGAUCGCUUAGCGGAGAAGGAGGCGAUGGAGUCGGGUCGGUUUUGGAUUGGCGGCGGCGAGCAGUUGACGGCGAUCAAUGUUGCGGAUGAGGAAGGGCCAGACGAUGUGAUGAAGGUUUCUGCUGAAGUGGAUAUGAUGGACGAUGAGAGACGCGCGGAGUUGGAGAGGAGUGUGGCAGAGUUGCAGGCAUUGAGGCGGCUCAGCUGGGAGGAAUUGGAGGUGCCACGUAAUGGGUUCGACCCUACUGAAGCCGCCGACGGUCAAGCCACGACAAUGAUGGGCGUGGAAAGCAUGGCGGUCGAUCCUACUUUGAUCUGAUUGUGGGAGUGCAGACGGUGCUUGUAAGGGAGGGUAGCGCUGCAGAUGCCCUGUAUGCAUUGCUUGAGACUCUUGUGCAUUGGCAUUGUCAGAUAUCCCUUCUGCAUUACUUGAGAGCUCCGCUUACUCUUAUGGAUGGCCUGUAACGCAGUAGAAGCUUUGCUCUCAUCGCCCGCCUCGCCAUUUGACGCUCGCGUAACAUCGUGAAGCCCGAGAAAGCUAGGCCACUAAACCGUACAUCAGUCUUCCCAUCCAUCAGUCGUGAUACCAGUCCUUCGCGCCCCUGCAGGCUUUCUAUGGCUCGCGGCGCACAAGCGGCGGUC